AUGAAGUUUAUCUAUCUUGGGCUCCUCAUCGCUGCCACCACCGCGUAUGCCUGCGGAGACAAUGCCUACAGGUGCAAGAAUCCCAACAAAUCAAUAGCUGAGGAGUGGAAAGCCACCCACGAAAUUUGUAACAAUCUCAAGGAGGACGAUUGUUAUUGUUCUCACUGGGCAGAAUACUACUGUGAUCCCUAUGGCGGGAACAUUCAGAAAUUCAAGGAUCAAUGCGAGGCUAAAGGCAGCGACUGGUAUUGGAAUGAAUGUUAGGCAAUUUCUCAUGAAAUCGUCUUAUCAGGCCUGAAUGCAGUUGGAGCUUGUUUUCAUUUGAGCUCCAAGGUAUAGGUGUUGAUAAAGGGACGGGAAGGAAGGAUGUUAUGAGGAGUGACAAACGGAUUUUUCGUUGACUUGGGACUCCAUAUUUGUCAUGUAUUGUGUGUCUCAGCGCGAUCUAAAUCUUGUUGCAUAUCGAAAGUUUGGUCAUAUUUGUUUUAGAGGCUUGAGGAGCUUUGAAUUUCACUCUUUUGGCUCUCCGGCAAACCCAGAACGCGUAUUUUGGCUCUGGGCACUUUUCUAGCUGAAACCUCGAUCAAUAACACUUAUUUACUGCAC